AUGGAACGGGUGGUUCUGCCCAAUGGUGACGAACGCGACAUCGAGAUCAAGGACGCACUGUUCGUACCAAGUACGAGCAAGAAUCUGCUUUCGGUGCCACGGAUCAACAAGGGUGGCAGGUUCCAAGUCGUGUUCGAUGGGUCCAAGAUGCAAUUGAAGCGCGAGAAUUCCACACAAGUCGUGGCAACAGCGGAUCUCGUCGAUGGACUUUACUGGCUGCGGACUCCUCAACGAUCGGCAAAUGCAGCAACACGCAAUGGGACUAUCGACUUGCAUGCGUGCAUGGGUCAUGCACCCCUCGAAGUUCAGCACAAGAUGGUGGCCACCGGCAUGAUCAAGGACGCCAAGGCACCUCUCAACUCGACUGGUCCAAGUGUGUGUCGCGGUUGCCAGCAAGGAAAGAUGGUCCAAAAACCAUUCCCAACCAACCGUGACAAACGCCAAUAUGGUGUGUUCGAGUUGCUGCACUUCGACAUCUGCGGGCCAAUAGAACAAGUCUCGGUCGGCGGCAGCAGAUACUUACUGCUUGUGGUUGACGAAGCCAGCGGUUGCAUGAAGGGCUUCUGUCUGCGGUUCAAGUCUGAGAGUGAAGACUGUAUCAAGAACCACAUUAUCAAGAUUCAAACUCAAUUCGGCACGAAGAUCAAGUUUGUUCGGCACGAUGGAGCGUAUGAGUUUGCGACCAACUCCAUCAAGACCUUCUACGAAGACCAUGGUAUCGAACAACAGGUCACGGUGCCGUAUGCACACCAGACCAACGGCACCGCAGAACGCGCGAUAAGGACCAUCGUCACGAUCGGACGCAGCUUGUUGCAUCAUGCAAAGCUGGAGAAGUGUUUCUGGGCUGAAGCGGCAAUGACGGCGAUCUACAUCAAGAACCGCCUGCCUUCACCCAAGAUCGACCACAAGACUCCGUUCGAGAUCGUGUACAAGUCGAAACCAAGUGUCAAGCACAUGCGCGUGUUUUGA